AUGUUCCAAAACAAGCGUUAUGAAUGGACCAAAAAUUUUCCGAAUGGUGACUCUUAUUGUGGAGAAGCUAUUCUUGAUAAUAUUAAGGAUGGUGAAGGAACUUACUACUGGGCGGCCACUGGCUCCACCUACAAGGGUGCCUGGAGCAAGGAUCAGCCUCAUGGCCAGGGUACGAUGACUGUUCCAGGUGCUGAGGGCUAUACCUACCUCGGUAGCUUUACGUGUAGCAAGCGCUGUGGUCAUGGGGAAUGUCGUUUCAGCAAUGGCAGAGUUUAUAUCGGUGAAUGGCUCGAUGAUCAGAUGCAUGGGCAAGGAACUUUGCGCGGUGGGACUGAGGAUUCUUUCAGGGAAUACAAAGGUCCUUUCUCCAAGGGUGUUAGAAGUGGGGCAAGGGGCGAGUGCAUUUAUACGAACGGCGACCGUUAUGUGGGUGAGUGGCUUGAUGACAAACGUCACGGUAUGGGCGAGUUGACGCUGGCGCCUGAAGCGAGAGGGAAAAGUUUGAAUAAACACAUCACUUCACGCAAAAACUCUAUUCUUCAAUGUUCUAAUGCGGGUUUCAAUGGAUACCUUAGACCAACACUCUCCACAACUACUGCAGCUAAUGUGGUGCACUACAAGGGGCCUUUUAAGUGUGACAUGUCUUUCUGCGUAGCGGGCGGUGAGCUGACGUACGAUGACGGAAGUACGUAUGUGGGAGCUGUUGAUAGUCAUCUGCAACGUAGUGGCGAAGGGAAACACCAGAUGGUGAACGGGGAUGUUUACACAGGCCAUUUCUGCGACGACGAGCGCGAUGGCCGUGGUGUAUUGCACUGCGCAGCGGACGAUGUCAGCUAUGAUGGCACGUGGCGGCAUGGUGAGCUCGACGGCUUCGUCACUUACUACCGUUCCUUCUCAGCAUCACAGCCGGAUCGCUUUCCGUUUGGUAUUAAUGGGGACACUUACCCGCAACUAAGUCUAAAGUCUCCGAUAAUUGUAGACUACGAGGGACCUUGUGUGCGUGGAGAGUUUACAGGAUCUGAAGCUGUUAUCAGCUUUUUGGAUCACAGUACGUAUCGUGGCGAUGUACACGAUGGUCAGCCCAGUGGUUGUGGCCUGUUAGAGAAUCGCAUAGUGCGGGGGCGCUUUCCUCAAACGGCAUUUGGUCCGGAGGUUGUAUUUCUACGGUAUGAGGGCUGCUUUUCCAAGGGCGAGCCCGAAGGAGAGGGAACCGCCACGCUUCGCAUUGCUUUGUCAGACGCUCUCAGCAGUAGUAGAGGUGAUAAUGAUGCAACGUUAUUGCAGCACGGAAGUGCUACUUUGAUCCAUCCUAGAAAAGGGGGUCUGCGAUUGCGGUUCGACCGAAGUGCCACCUUCCGGGGGCGAUGGUCCCGCGGGCUUCCGGAGGGCUCUGGUGAGUGGCAUUGGAAGAGUGGCAGCGAGGUAUAUCAGGGGGAGGUGCAUCUGGGGCUUCCUAAUGGCCAAGGCUUCUACAAAAGCACAUCUGAGCAGUACGAGGGCCAUUUUGAGGAGGGGUUGCCGAGUGGUUACGGUACCUAUCGGAAUGUCUUGACACACGUCACUUUCCAGGGCACCUGGCUUGCCGGCCUAUACCAUGGCCUAGGCGACUGGAGCCUGAGUCCGAGCGAGGCUGAGGGGAGCACAUCGUCUGUUCCAACUGAGACUACCUACAAGGGAUCGUGGCAAAACGGCAAGAAACACGGACGCGGCCUUGAGCGCAGUUCAGAAGAAGUCUACGAGGGUGACUUUGUAGAUGGUAUGCGUCAUGGUUACGGUGUGCUACGGCACCUCUCUGAUGAUGGAUAUUGCUAUGAAGGCAGCUUUAACCGGGGUAAAUUGUCUGGUACUUCAGGAAAACUAACACUCCCGAAUGGAACGAUGGUGACCGGGUCCUUCGAAGAUGGUGUACCGCACGGUGAUAAUAUCUGCGCUGUGUUUCCCCAAGGUUUAACGUUCAAAGGUCGAUACGACCAUGGUUGCCCCAUAGGGGUAGGUGAUAUCACGUACGCCAACGGUGAUCACUACAGUGGCGAGGUUGAGCUCGUGACCCCUGCUGCGGGUUUCCAAGAUUGGACGCCGCAGCGUCAUGGAAAAGGUACAUAUACCUUCGCUGAGGGAAAUCGUUUAGAGUGCACAUGGAGGCACAACAUUCUAAACGGCCAUGGCAAGCAUAUUACCCCUAAUGGGGAGGUUAGUGAGCGGCAUUAUGCAGAUGGGAUUAUCGUAUCCAAGGUCACUUCCAGUGUUAACAUGUUUACACCAGAGAACGAGUUUCCAAAUACGCAAUCAGAAAGGGUCCUUAAGGCAAAGCUUGAAUCUAUCAAUCAGCCACACAAGUUUAUCCGACGUGGUGAGGCGCGGCAAGCGGUCAAAAGUGCUGUCCCUUCAGUCGCGGCAAAUAGUUCCGUUGAGGCCAAGGAGUGUGGUGCUACUGAUAUGAUGGCGCAAAACAAUCCUACUUCAGCCUCUGCGAAGAAAGAAGCUCCGGGUGCUAUACUACCUAAGGGUCCAAGGCGAUCACGAUGUAACGUCGAAGCGCCAGCAUCAAAACGCCCAAGUAGCUGUAGGAAUCACAAUCCUACGAGCCCUUCUAACGGUGUUGUGGAUAAACGUGUAACGUCCAUGGUGGACCUGCCACCUCCAUGUAGUCACUCCGUUAAAGCGACUUCAGCGAGUUCUCUUCCUCUGGGGAAGGGAAACGAAAAGACCCCGGUUACUGGCACAAUGAAUGGCCCUAUGCGCCUUCCUAAACGAUCUACUAAUCGCGUAACAGCAUCCAAGACUGGUAAAGAUGCAAGUAGACCGCCUGUUGUUAGUGAUCGCAAGACUACUUCUCAGGAAUUCUCUCCGUUGUCGUCGUCACCUCAAAGACUGACUUCUGACACGAGCGCCAAUUAUACUGCCAAGCGCGCGUCGUCCUUAGAUGCGUUUCAGAAGCUUAUCAAACGACUAAAUACAAAUAGCGAGGAUUCACCAGCCGUGGAGGAUGGUAGUGCAAUUGACAAAGAAGCACAUGCGAUUAGUCUCGCAUCCGGAGCUCGUUCGGAUUGUAACGAUAAUAGUGACAUGGUUGUCAACGGCAUUGCGGAUGCGACCUCACAGCCACAUCUCAGCGUCACUUCAAGCACUCCGCUUGAGGGGAGCCUUGGUAAGCUCAUGCGAGAGGCCUGCGAAAUUCGCAACACCACAGAAGACGAAGUCUACUCACUUACUGAAAAAGUUAGGGCCCUAAAUGAGAAAAUAUGGCAGCUACGCUUCUUACUUUCUUCAAAGCCUGCUGCAGUUGCACCGGCUUGGAACAGUACGGAGAAGCAUAGGGCUGGGGAAGGUAUGAGUAGCAUCAAAUGGGAGCCGCUAGAGGCGAUGCAACGAGAACGCCGAGAGAUUGUUGAGGCCCUUCGAUGUAAGCUGAAUGAAGAGUCUGAAAAGGAUUCUUAG